CGGAUGUGCCGCUGCCCGCGGGAGCACCAUGACGGCAGGAUGACCUCAGCUGAGGCAGUGGCGGUGGCUGGCGGUGCUCGGUGGGCCGGGUCCCCCGAGUGGCCCCCUGACACCCCGCAGGCCCUACGACGGCCUGGCCGGGCCCUGGUGGCCGUGGCAGCACUGGUGUGGCUGCUGGCGGGAGCCGGCAUGUCGAGCCUCAACAAGUGGAUUUUCACGGUGCACGGCUUCAGGCGGCCUCUGCUGCUCUCCGCGCUGCACAUGCUGGCAGCCGCGCUGGCAUGCCACCGGGGGGCGCGGCGCCCCAUGCCCGGACGCACCCGCCGCCAAGUGCUGCUGCUCAGCCUCACCUUCGGCGCCUCGAUGGCCUGUGGCAACGUGGGCCUGAGCGCUGUGCCCCUGGACCUGGCGCAGCUGGCCGCCACCACCACGCCGCUGAUCACGCUGGCCCUGUCGGCGCUGCUGCUCGGCCGGCGCCACCACCCACUGCAGUUCGCGGCCAUGGGCCCGCUCUGCCUGGGGGCGGCCUGCAGCCUGGCUGGAGAGCUCCGGACACCCCCGGCUGGCUGUGGUUUCCUGCUGGUGGCCACCUGCCUCCGUGGCUUCAAGUCCGUUCAGCAGAACUCCAUGGGAGCAGAGGAUGAAAGUCCAGGAAGAGGAGUGCCCAGCAGCCAUGGGCAGGUCCAGCAGCUUUCCUCCUUCCUGGGUGCCCUGCUGCAGGAGGAGAGGCUGGACGCGGUGACCCUGCUGUACGCCACCUCGCUGCCCAGCUUCUGCCUGCUGGCAGGCGCGGCCCUGGUGCUGGAGGCUGGUGUGGCACCGCCCCCCGCCCCCACCGACUCCCGCCUCUGGGCCUGUAUCCUGCUCAGCUGCCUCCUGUCCGUGCUCUACAACCUGGCCAGCUUCUCCCUGCUGGCCCUCACCUCGGCCCUCACUGUCCACGUCCUGGGCAACCUCACUGUCGUGGGCAACCUCGUGCUGUCCCGGCUCCUGUUUGGCAGCCGCCUCAGCACCCUCAGCUACGUGGGCAUUGCGCUCACCCUUUCAGGAAUGUUCCUUUACCACAACUGUGAGUUUGUGGCCUUGUGGGCUGCCCGCCAGGGCUUCUGGCGGAGGGACCAGCCUGGCAAGGGUCUCUGAGACCUGAGGGAGCAUAGGGACCACCUGGGACUGCCCGGCCUGAAUCCAGCCUUGGCCAGUGGCCAUGGGAAACGUGGAGAGCGGGCAGCCACUGGGGCUGUAGGGGGAGAUGGGUCUUCCUGCAGGGCCACCUUGGAGGCUGGAGUGGGGACUCCCAGGGAGACCCACCUCCUGUCCCUGCCCGCCUGUCCUCAUCACAGACCCCACUCACCACUGGAUGGUGGGUCCAAGCCCGGCACAGUCACGGUGCUAGUCAGAGUCAUUAUUAUGAUUAGUAUCAACUACUGUGUGGAAAAUUGCUGGCCAAACUUUGAAAACCUCACCGUGUUCUAAUGAUGAAGAUGAUGGUGGUGAUGAUGGUUCUUGGCGGUGGCACAAUCCUUCCUCCAGGAGGUGGGGGAGGCAGCUAGGGGGCCCAGGGAAGGGUUUCUUUGCUCCUGGGCUUCCCUAGGGAGCUGGGGUCAUUUGUGCCAACUCCAGGCAGCUGCUGUGGCCUCAGCCCUGGGCCCCCCAAUUUUGGGUCUUCCGUCCUCAAAUAAACUAUUUU